UAUGUUGUGAACUUAAAAAUUGCGAAGUGUUUUUUCAGCAUAUAAAAACUUUAUAAGUUAUUUUUAAAGUUAAGUUAUAUCAUUACUGUUAUUGAUUGUGCCUACAUAUCACGUACAGUUUCAGUGUUGAUUGUUAUGAGAGAAGAAUAAAUAGUUUUUGAGUAAAGUUGGCUGGCUUAGAAAGGAUUGUAAAUUUCGAGUUCUUGAAGUUUCCAUGCUUUUCUACGCGGGAUGGACGAUUUACAGCAGCCUAGCACUUCAAAGUGUGGCCAGUAGAGCCACCAGCGGCCGAGGCUGCGGCCCUGAAUCAUGACGCGAUUCGGAGAUACCAGGUCGAACUCGAGCGCGGAGCCGGCAUUCGAGCUGACGGCAGGAGCAGGCGACGCCGGUGCGCCGCCGUGCGUUGAGACGGCUGGCGCGAUGCUCGCCGUUCCGUCGCAGACGCAUCUCGAUGCGCACCAGAACUCACGCAAGAGAAAGACACAAUAUUUGGAGACUUACGAGAUGCCAAGCUGCGACAUCCCUAUAUCAGCACCUUCGGCACCCCUACAGCAACCAGAGAGCGCUACUCGAAAGAGGAAAGUUUCGGUUUAUGCGACCAGCAGCACCUACGACGAUGACGGCACUGAUGAUACCCGUUCCAAUCGAACUUUGCCCGACAAAAAGCAAAACCAUAGCGAGAUUGAAAAACGAAGACGCGAUAAAAUGAACACGUACAUAUCUGAGUUGAGCUCAAUGGUGCCCAUGUGUGGCGCAAUGGCCCGCAAGCUAGACAAGUUGACCGUGCUCCGUAUGGCCGUUCAGCACUUAAGAUCAGUACGCGGUGCACUUUCCGCGGGACCAUUGACAGUCAGACCUCGUCCCGCUUUUCUCUCAGAGCGAGAGUUGAACGCUCUAGUGCUCCACGCUGCUAGGGAUUGUUUCUUGAUGGUCGUUGGCUGCGAUCGCGGGAGGCUGCUUUAUGUUAGCGCCUCAGUUACGAGGCUAUUGCAUUACGAUCAGUCCGAGUUACUCGGUCAGAGUCUCUUCGACAUCUUGCAUCCAAAGGACGUCGCUAAAGUUAAAGAGCAGCUCUCGUCCUCAGACCUCAGCCCUAGGGAGCGAUUGAUAGACGCCAAGACGAUGUUACCAGUAAAGGCGGACGUUGUGGCUGGAGCAUCACGUCUCUGCCCCGGCGCUCGACGCUCCUUUUUCUGCCGUAUAAAGUGUCGUAUGUCCAACAACCAAGGCAGCAGCACCGUUACCAACACGACGUGCCCGCAACCGAACCAAGUUAAGGAAGAGAGCGAAACCAACGCCAAAAUGAGGAAGAAACAAGCUCAUGAGAAGAAGUACUGCGUCGUGCAGUGUACAGGUUAUCUUAAGUCGUGGGCACCAGCAGAAAUGUCGGAAGCUGGUAAUGCGGCGGACGGCAAUCCGGAUGACGGUGACGCUUGCAACUUGUCCUGCCUCGUCGCUGUCGGCCGAGCGUUAACAGAUCUAACGCCUCAGGCGCCGCCCGCGCCCUACACCCGCUACGUGCAGUAUAUAUCGAGACACGCUACCGACGGGAAGUUUCUGUUCGUCGAUCAAAGGGUGACUCUGGCGUUAGGUUUUCUGCCUCAAGAGCUUCUAGGCACAAGUCUAUAUGAAUACAUUAGCGCAGCAGAACUUGGUGCGGUCGCUCGCACGCAUAAAUCCGCACUUCUGAGGCGUGACGCUUUACGAACACCGCCAUACUGUUUCCGGCGUAAAGAUGGUACAUAUGCAAGAAUCCAGACUCACUUCAAGCCUUUCAGGAAUCCAUGGACAAAAGACGUCGAGUGCCUCGUCGCUAACAACACAUUGGUGACCGAUGAGCAGGUGCAACCCCUACUAGAGGACUGCAGUUUCUUCGACAUAUACAAGCAUAGCGAGCCAUUUUGGGACCAACUUCAUAGUACGCUUUCAGAAGCUGAUGUCGAAAUGCAGCGGUUGAUAGACUCACAGAUCGAGUCACACAAGAUAGGCUCCACGAUAGCCGAAGAGGCGCUCAGGAGAUCGUCCUCGGACUAUUCACCUGAGCUCUCGGCAGAUAUAUUGCAAGAUACGGUGUUUACACCACAGGGUUCGCUAGGCGAUAACUUUCUGGGCGUGGAUAUGUCAACCUACAACAACCAAGUACGGAACAACGUCCCUCUUAGCUCCGUCGGUGCUGAAGGAUCACCCAUACCAGAGGUGAAUGGCUUAUCCUCCACCAGUCCUCCAUCAACAUCCCCACCACUCCCGACUCUGGGUCUUGAUGGUAAUGGAGAAGCAGCUAUGGCAGUCAUAAUGAGUUUACUAGAAGCCGAUGCUGGACUAGGUGGUCCGGUCAACUUCUCCGGUCUACCUUGGCCGUUACCUUAAAAAUCACUCUGUCAAGAGUAAUUUCCUAAGUCAAUUUUUCGCUGAUCUUCCUAUCAGACAGCAAUAUUGUUUUAAGUUUUAAUAAUUACUUUAAACUUGAUUAUAUUUUACCUAUUUCUAAUGUAAGACAGGCCUUAACCAAUCAAAUAUCGUUACUCUUUUCUCUUACAGUUAAAACUAUCUCUUACGCCUAGUUUCUGAAAUGCCAAUCAGUCAGAUCAAUUAAUUUGACUUUAACCGGAAUAGUCAUUGGUCGAAGUUAACUGGGGACGCAAUAGACGACCAAUGAGAGUACAGUAUUUAGUCAGAUUACUUCAUUUAAUUUCAGACAUUGGCAGUUGGCCUAUAAUGUAAUAUUAAUUGGACCAAAUUGUUUAUUUGUUAAGGUCGUUUUACAUUUAUUUUGCACAUCGCAUAACCGAUCCAAUUUUUAAAAUUUUUAUACGACGUUUUAACUUCUUUUGUCUUUAUUAUAGUAAAAUUUCCUUGCGUCGUAACAAAUAUAUAUGCAAUAAUUGAUUUGUAAAUGUUUCUUAAAUUAAAUAAUCUGUGACGGUC